CCUUUCUCUCUCUACUUUUUCUCUCCUCAGUUCCAACUUCUCCUUCUCCAGAACUUCGAAAUUCAAUCAUUUCCUUCCAAUCUCUCGGAGAUCUGCUCCGACGAAAACCUCGAGUUUUCUCUCUGGAUUUUCACGGUUUUUCUCUGAUUUCAAUCGUGAGGUUUUGUUCGGCGGAUCUGAGCUCAAUUCGGCCUUGAAAUGGUGAAUCUUUCUGCUCUUUUCUUCUUCGGUGAUAAUUAGGGCUUUUGGUUGCGGUGGAGGAGCUCUUCGAGUUUCCGGCCAUGGCGGCUCUGCAGAGAGUGGCGCAGUCGAGCGUAAGCACGGCUGGGAGUAGCUACGCAGCGUCGGGUAAAGCUGUCCUCGGUUCGUCCGCCGCUGUCGGCAAUUUCCUCGGCGGUGAAAAGGUGGUCUCCGAUCAGUUCCCCGUGGGCUUGAAGGUUCUGGUCGUGGAUGAUGACACUACUUGCCUCAGGAUCGUCGAACAGAUGCUUCGCCGGUGUCUCUAUCACGUUACUACUUGCUCCCAAGCUACUGUUGCCUUGAAACUUUUACGUGAGAAAAAAGGUGGUUUUGAUGUGGUAUUGAGUGACGUUCAUAUGCCUGAUAUGGACGGAUAUAAACUCCUUGAACUUGUUGGUCUGGAAAUGGACCUUCCUGUUAUCAUGAUGUCAGCUGAUGGGAGAACGAGGGCCGUGAUGAGAGGAAUUAAACACGGUGCUUGUGAUUAUUUGAUUAAACCUAUACGUGAGGAAGAGCUCAAGAAUAUAUGGCAGCAUGUUGUGAGGAAAAAGUGGAAUGAGAAUAGGGAUUUUGAACAUUCAGGGAGCAUGGAAGACAAUGAUCGUCCUAAACGUGUAAAUGAGGACACAGAAUAUGCUUCUUCUGUUAAUGAAGAGACAGAAGGAUUGAAAGGUCAGAAAAAGAGAAGCAAUUAUAAGGAAGAGGAUGAUGGUGAACUCGAAAAUGAUGAUCCGUCCACAUCAAAGAAACCGCGUGUAGUGUGGUCAGUUGAGCUCCACCAGCAAUUUGUCAGUGCUGUAAAUCAACUCGGGCUUGAUAAGGCUGUACCAAAGAGAAUUCUUGAAUUGAUGAAUGUACCUGGUUUGACUAGAGAAAAUGUUGCAAGUCAUUUGCAGAAGUUCAGGUUAUAUUUGAAGAGAUUAAGUGGAGGAGUACCUCAGCAACAAAGUGGAAUUUCAGGUACCUUCUGUGGGUCUGUGGAAUCAAAUGUCAAAUUGGGUUCUCGUGGUAGAUUUGACAUUCAAGCUUUGGCUGCGUCUGGCCAAAUUCCCCCACAAACGCUAGCUGCCUUGCAUGCUGAACUUUUAGGCCGACCAGCUGGAAAUCUAGUGCCAGCAAUGGACCAGCCUGCUCUUCUGCAUGCAUCACUGCAGGGACCGAAGCGUUUACCUGUUGAACAUUGUUUAACAUUUGGCCAGCCCUUGGUAAAGGGUCAAUCCAACAUUUAUAAACAGUUUCCACAGUCUAUUUUUUCUGUUGAAGAUGUUUCUUCAAGAUAUGGAGCAUGGACGACAAACAGCCUUGGAACAGUAGGACCCAGUAAUAAUGUUGGAGGGGCGUCUAAUCCUAAUAGCAACUUAUUGAUGGACAUAUUGCAGCAGCAACGGCAACAGCAACAAAAACAACCACCAUUGCAGCAGCAGUCUGUGCUUCCUGAGCCUAGCCGUUCGAUUAAUGUGCAACCCUCUUGCCUUGUAGUCCCUUCUCAAUCAUCAGCCAGUUUCCAGGCUGGUAGCCCUGCUUCUGUGAACCAGAAUAGCAGUUUUAAUAGGAAUUCUGUUAUCGAUUACAGUAUUCUCUCACCUCAAUCAAAUAAUUCCGCUUUGAAUGUUGGACAUAUCUCAAAUGGAGAUGCUAAAACUAGUGGUGUUGUUUGUGGGUAUUCGGCACCCGGUUCCUCCUCUACUCUGUCAUCUUGCUCGUUAAAUGCAGAUAAUAGUACUGGCCUCCAGAAUUCAGCUGCUACUUUUGUUGGUGAUGCCAGACAAUUGCCAGGAAUUGGACCUAACAUAGUUGACAUUCAGGGUUCAUAUAGUGCUAAAUCAGGUGAAAUUCUUGAUCAGGGACCACUGAAAAAUCUUGGUUUUGUUGGUAAAGGGACAUUCAUUCCUAGCCGAUUUGCUGUGGAUGAAUAUGAAUCACCAAUGAGCAACCUGAAUCCAGGAAAAGUACAUUCAGAGAGCAAUGGUAACCUGGUGAAGCAGGAGCCUAGUAUGGAUUUCGGUGAUAAUGCAAAACUAGGCACCCCAGUAUUUCGGCAAUUUCCUUCGAAUGAUCUCAUGAGUGUGUUCACAAAAUAGGCUUCCAUUGUUUGGUGAGCACAAGUUCUCGUUCCCACCAAGCGUACAGAUUAUUUCAGAUUAGUAGAUGCUAAGUAGCGAUUGCAGUUUGACCAAAGAAGUAGAUAUUUCAGUUGUGAAGUCUUCUUUUUUCUCUCUUUUUCCAAGUAAUAGAUCCAAGUUCAGUGCCUGCACCAAGCUCAGGUGCGUUGUGAAGCCGUCAUUAUUAGACUCGCAAAAAUGUUAUAACUAGUAUUCAGGCAGGUUCGGUUGCAUCUUAGGAAGCAUUCUUACGCCCUUUUUCUAUUUUCCCGGAAUCUGUAGGAACAAUAAAUUAUCAAACUUAGCAUGUUGUAAUCGCCCGCAUGAUGUGUUGUUUAUCUGGCUUUACUGGUGUUGAACGUUGCUUAUCUAUAUGAUAAUGGUUGGAUCAUGAACGUGAAGUA